AUGUACCUCACUCACUGGCAGAACAUCACAAGAGUCGGGAACGGCGAUGAGACCUUACACCCCCAGACACCACCUGAACAAAAAUCGAUGACGACAUAUUUGAGUUACAAAGGUGGCGAGCACGCUGCUAGCAAUAAGGACAAGACAGAUUCACUGCUGCGAAACCUGACGGCGUCGACCGCCACGUCACCGGAAAUUAGCCCAAGAUCUCUUACUUCUGGUACUUUGGACACCACAUUACCUCAAUCGACUCCUGUGACUCCCGUGAUGGAGAAUCCGUCGGGAAAUCUGGGUUCUGGGGUGUCCAUGUUUUCGGGUACAGGACACUCCUACCUUUCAUCGGAAUUCCUCAACGACAUCGAGGAUAUGAACCUGCUAAAAGGCCUUAGCAAGUUUGGUGAAACCCAGGAGAAGAUGAUAGAAGCCCUGGUCCACCGACUUAACGGCCUGAGCGCUCGCCCGGCCACGGAUGAACCGGAUCACACACCCCCAUCGGAAACGCAAUCACCCAGGCAGACUGUCGCGCCCCGGAAAAAGGACAAGAUCCGAACGUCUAACUUCAUGGUCGUGUCUCUUGCAUGGCGGUGCAAUCGGCUCAACAAGACAGGGGAGCUGAUGGACCAGGCCUAUGGAUUAGAAGCACAAGGCAUUGAUCAUCGCAACGAGAGUCUCACGGUCAAAGGGAUGCGCGGCCAUCGCGAAGAGGUACCAUUACAUCCAAGCCCCAAGUACUACUACGUCAAGCCUGAACACUCCAACCCUCCCAAACAUUCCGUUGAGGUACCCGCUGAAGUCGAGGACUUGAGCGACGAUGAUGAGGAUUCGGGCGAUGAAUGGGAUGAUGAAAUCUUAAAGCGUCUGGAGGACACACUUGCGUCGGGCAGACAAAAGGCCUACGCCAAACACAGGAUACAUCUGGAGGAUUCGGAGCACCAACUCAGGCAGGAAGAAACGGAUGGAGACAUUUUAGGCAGGUACGACCAACAGGUCACAAGGGCAGGGAAUAUCACCAACUUUGCAAACAGCUCACCUGGAUUUGCGGCCGCCAUGUCAGAUAUACCGCGCGCCGGGACGCCGCUCGGUGAUUUUCAGCCUCGCUUGACGAGAUCCGCAGACAUGGCCUCUGACUUCACAGACGACUGUCAGGCCUCUCAAACUGAAUUUGAGGACAUCCAAGACAUUCCCUCCCUCGUGAAAUCUCUGAACAGCUGGAUUGACCGCUUGCAAACAUCGCAGCAUCACCCCCAGUUAUAUUCCCUCCACCUUAAAGAUAGGGAUAGCGAGAGCACUCCUCCCCAAGAAGAUACCGUCCCGACACCAGUUUUUCAGUUGGCUUGGAAGCCCGAGUCCCUAUCGUCGGAGCACCACGAUGAGGACUUGGAUGGCGACGGCGCCUAG